AUGUCUGAGGACACUGACCACAACUUAACACCUGCCCUCGACAGCAUCUCUUACGGAAUACAGAAUCGAACAGGGUCUGAAAACUCGCUGCUGGAUGAUGAUGAUGAUGAUGAUGAUUAUUUUCUGAACUCUGGGGAUCUUGCAGGCAUACCUGUUGUUGGGAGUGACAACGAAGACGAUCAAAAUUUCACUCCAAAAGACUCUCUUUCUUCAGCGAUUCAUGAUGAAGACCAUCUGGAAGAGGGCAAGAGGGUUACAGAACAUGAACUGGACAGCGAAAAAGAAAUUCAGAUUCAGAAUGCAAUCCAAAAGGAUCUCACUUCACCAUUUGAGCAGGGCCCUGUAUUUAAAUCAAUUCGAAAAGAUUUUAGCAUAACAAGAGAUAAUGGCAAAGAGACUUUUUCAGCAAAGGACAAGAAUAGAGAAGGACAUUUUCAAGAGCGUGAAAAACGGUUGGAAAAAAUCCCUAAAGAUAUGGAUUCUAGAUUGAAAAGCAGUUUUCUUGACAAAGGAGUUCAUAAUCAAGUAGAAGAAACAUUACGGACGCAGUUAGCGCCACAAACUCCAGAAACUAACUUCAGGGAGUCUAGCUACCUAUUUUCUAGUAAGGAAUCUAUUGGACAAGAGCUGGGGAAUUCCUUUGCACCAAAUAUUAGAAUUAAGGAGGAGCCUUUGGAUGACGAAUAUGAUAAAGCUAUGGCCCCACAGCAGGGACUAUUAGACAAAAUUAAAGAUGAACCUGAUAAUUCUGAGGAGUACGGCCAACAGCCAAAAUCUCAGGAAGGGGAGCUGAAAAUCAGUGCUGUAUUUUCAGUCAGUGGCAGUCCUCUUGCUCCACAGCUGUCAUCAGGUUUCCAGCCUGCUGUGGCAUCCUCUGGCAUGAGUAAAAUGCUUCCUUCAGUUCCAACCGCAGCUGUUCGGGUUUCCUGUUCUGGCUGUAAAAAAAUACUGCAGAAGGGGCAAACUGCAUACCAGAGGAAAGGCUCGACCCAGCUCUUCUGCUCCACACUGUGCCUCACUGGAUACACCGUUCCAGCUCCUCGCCCACCAGCUUCUACCAAGAAAACCUGCUCAAGCUGCUCAAAAGACAUUCUAAAUCCAAAGGAUGUAAUCACUGCCCAGUUUGACAAUACAAACUCCAGUAAGGAUUUCUGCAGCCAGUCUUGUCUUUCUACGUAUGAACUGAAAAGGAAACCUGUUGUUACUAUUCAUACUAACAGCAUUUCAACCAAAUGCAGUAUGUGCCAGAAGAACGCAGUGAUUAGACACGAAGUGAAUUACCAGAACGUUGUCCACAAGCUCUGCAGCGAUGCCUGCUUCUCCAAGUUCCGCUCGGCUAACAACUUGACCAUGAACUGCUGUGAGAAUUGCGGAGGGUACUGCUACAGCGGCUCUGGCCAGUGUCACAUGCUUCAAAUAGAGGGACAGUCAAAAAAGUUUUGCAGUUCAGCAUGUGUGACAGCAUACAAGCAGAAGUCAGCUAAAAUUACACCUUGCACGCUGUGUAAAUCUUUGAGAUCUUCAGCUGAGAUGAUAGAGAGCACAAAUAACUUGGGAAAAACCGAACUGUUUUGCUCUGUUAACUGCUUGUCAGCGUAUAGAGUAAAAAUGGUUACCUCUGCAGGUGUUCAGGUUCAGUGCAACAGCUGUAAAACUUCAGCAAACCCUCAGUAUCACUUGGCUAUGUCAGACGGGAGCAUACGCAAUUUUUGCAGCUACAGUUGUGUAGUAGCUUUUCAGAAUUUGUUCAACAAGCCUGCAGGAAUGAACUCCUCAGUGGUACCUCUGUCGCAAGGUCAAGUCAUUGUAAGCAUUCCCUCGGGGGCCACGGUAUCGGCCGGUGGCACCACCUCAACUGUGUCCCCCAGCUCCAUGAGCAGUUCAGCUGCAGCGGGUCUACAGAGGCUGGCUGCCCAGUCCCAGCAAGUCACUUUUGCCCGCCCUGUUGUAAAACUCAGGUGUCAGCACUGUAACAGAUUGUUUGCAACCAAACCCGAACUGCUUGACUACAAGGGUAAAAUGUUCCAGUUUUGUGGGAAGACCUGCUGUGAUGAGUAUAAGAAGAGGAGCAGUGUAAUGGCAUUGUGUGAAUACUGCAGAAUUGAGAAAAUUAUCAAGGAGACAGUGCGAUUCUCAGGCAUAGAUAAAACAUUCUGUAGUGAAGGUUGUAAACUGCUCUAUAAACAUGACUUGGCUAAGCGCUGGGGAAGCCACUGUAAAAUGUGCAGUUACUGUUUACAGACUUCCCCCAAACUGGUCCAGAAUCACUUUGGGGGGAAAAUGGAGGAAUUUUGCUCAGAGGAGUGCAUGUCUAAGUUCACGGUUUUGUUUUACCAGAUGGCAAAGUGUGACGGUUGUAAGAGACAAGGUAAACUCAGCGAGUCCAUGAAAUGGCAAGGCGAGAUCAAGCAUUUUUGCAAUCUGCUUUGUAUUCUGUUGUUCUGUAAUCAGCAAAGUGUUUCUGACCCUCCACCCCCAAACAACACAGCAAACCUUUCUAUGGCACCAGCGUCCUCGUCAGGCCCUCCUUCUUUGAGAAAGGACUCGACCCCUGUCAUAGCAAAUGUGGUGUCCCUUGCAAGCACCCCUGCUGCCCAGCCUACAGUUAACUCCAACAAUGUUUUACAGGGUGCAGUCCCUACUGUGACAGCAAAAAUAAUAGGAGAUGCUAGUACUCAGACAGAUGCCCUAAAGCUGCCGCCGUCCCAACCACCCAGGCUUCUAAAAAACAAAGCAUUGUUGUGCAAGCCAAUCACACAGACUAAGGCCACCUCAUGCAAACCUCACACACAAAACAAAGAAUGCCAGACAGAAGAAGAAGAAGAAGUUCAACCCCAGAUCAUUGUGGUACCUGUUCCUGUACCAGUGUUUGUGCCAGUGCCCCUUCACCUCUACACUCAGUACACACCAGUUCCACUUGGGAUGCCAGUACCUGUACCAGUUCCCAUGCUCUUCCCAACGACCCUGGAUAGUGCUGAUAAGAUCAUUGAAACUAUUCAGGAUAUCAAGGAAAAGAUUCCCACAAAUCCAUUCGAAGCUGAUCUCCUUCAGAUGGCAGAAAUGAUUGCAGAAGAUGAGGAGAAAGAAAAAACACACUCUCAUGGUGGAUCUCAAACAUCUGAGCAUGAGCUCUUCCUGGACCCCAAGAUAUUUGAGAAAGACCAAGGUAGCACUUACAGUGGAGAUCUGGAAUCCGAAGCCGUGUCCACUCCACACAGCUGGGAGGAUGAGUUAAAUCACUAUGCCUUACGAUCGAAUGCCCUGCCAGAACCAGAUCCAGAGCUGAAGCAGUUCUCCAAAGGCGAUGUGGAGCAGGACCUGGAGGCAGAUUUUCCGUCAGACGCAUUUGACCCUCUCAGUAAAGGACUGGGUUUGCAUUCACGUUCACGAGCAAGACGGAGACAUAGAGAUGGCUUCCCACAGCCAAAGAGACGGGGACGAAAGAAGUCUGUAGUUUCCGUAGAGCCCCGGAAUCUGAUGCAGGGCUCCUACCCAGGGUGCUCUGUCUCUGGCAUGACCCUAAAGUAUAUGUACGGGGUAAACGCCUGGAAAAACUGGGUCCAAUGGAAAAAUGCACAGGAGGAACAAGGGGACCUGAAGUUUUCAGUUCGUCCUGUGAAGCUCAAGGAGGACAUUCUCUCAUGCACUUUUGCUGAGCUGAGUUUUGGCUUGUGCCAGUUUAUUCAAGAGGUGCGGAGACCAAAUGGAGAAAAAUAUGAUCCUGACAGCAUCUUAUACUUGUGCCUUGGAAUUCAGCAGUACCUGUUUGAGAAUGGUAGAAUAGAUAACAUUUUUACCGAGCCCUAUUCCAGGUUUAUGAUUGAACUUACAAAACUUUUGAAAAUCUGGGAACCUACAAUUCUUCCAAAUGGUUAUAUGUUCUCGAGAAUUGAAGAGGAACACUUGUGGGAAUGUAAACAGCUGGGCGCAUAUUCCCCUAUCGUUUUAUUGAACACACUUCUAUUCUUCAACACCAAAUACUUCCAACUAAAGAAUGUCAGUGAGCACCUGAAACUGUCCUUUGCCCGUGUUAUGAGACGCACCCGAACUCUGAAGUAUAAUACUAAGAUGACAUAUUUACGUUUUUUCCCACCUUUUCAAAAACAAGAGGUAGAAUCAGAUAAAUUAUCUGUAGGCAAAAGGAAACGCAGUGAAGAUGAGGAGAUUGCAACGGCAGUGGAAAUGGCUGAAAAUACGGAUAAUCCCCUGCGAUGUCCAGUCCGACUUUACGAAUUUUACUUAUCAAAAUGUUCUGAAAGCGUGAAGCAGAGAAGUGAUGUAUUUUACCUUCAACCCGAGCGCUCCUGUGUACCCAAUAGCCCCAUGUGGUAUUCCACAUUGCCAAUAGACCCCGGGACCUUGGACAUCAUGUUAACACGUAUUCUUAUGGUGAGGGAGGUACACGAAGAACUUGCCAAAGUCAAAUCAGAGGACUCUGAUAUUGAGUUAUCAGACUAAUUGAAGUGGGGUAUUUUCCUUUGAGUACACAUCAGAAGCACCAAACUGUGAAUACGUCCAGCCUUUGGAAAAUGUGUAUCAAAUAAGCCAAGAUAAUGUCACCUACAGGCAUAUUUUGAACCACAGUGGAUGUACAAACUGGAACUGGAAGGAAGCAAGCUGUGUAAGCUUCAAGAAACAACGUCCUGUGGCACCGAUAAAUCCUCUGAACAAAUUCAAGAUGAACUAACCUGUUUGAAUGGUGCACAAAUCCUUUAUCUGUUUAGGAUUU